GUGUAAGGCAGCGCAUGUAAACAAACUUCGAAACGUUUCUUCCCUACGCCUUGCCUUGAACGUUUAUCCCUUGACCUGUUGACCCUUCUAGCAUCUACGGACGUUCACUUAUCACCACGAAAAUCCAUCACCCACCUCACCUGUGCUUAGAAGAGGAAGAUUAGCUAUCCACCACGCCUGUAACCACUAUAGGCAUAUUAUCGUCUGGUUUUGGUCUUAUUUUGGUAGUCUCCUUCGUCUGUUUUCGAUUUUCUCAAAUAAUUUUAGUCUCUUGGAGCUCUAAAGGCCGUGGUUCUAACGGUUUCUAACCCUCAAACACCAAGAAUGAAAGGAGACGCACUGAAUUAGAUGCAGUGAGGAAGAAAAAGGGGAGAAGAAAAGGACGCACGUGUAUUAGUGAAGCAGGUGAAGAAGAAGCAUUGAAGCCUGGAAGAAGAGACAGAACGUGUAGCAGGGAAUAGCGUGUGUUGCAGCGUGAUCGGGUUUCAGUGGUACACAAAGAAGAGAAACACAGCAAAAUGGCAGCAAAGGAGAAGAAGAUCGUGCCGCCAAAGCUCAACAAGUUCAUGCACCCUCGGAACCCCUACAAGACGCCUCCGAGCUUCAAGCAGCUAGCGAAGGAUUACCCGGAGUUCCGCGCCCACUGCUCCUAUGACGUGGGGGACAAGGUGCAUCUGGACUUCAAGAACCCCAAUGCCCUGCGCGCCCUUACCACUUGCCUGCUACACCACGACUUUGGCUUGGAGGUAAACAUCCCCGAGGGGCGCCUGGUCCCUACCCUCCCACUGCGCCUCAACUACUUACUAUGGCUGGAAGACCUGCUCUCCCUGGCGGCCCGGCGGAGGAGCGGUGGUGACGGUGGUGGUGGUGGUGGUGGUCAGGGGGCAGCUGCUGUGGUUGGGGCUGAUAUAGGGACGGGGGCGGCCUGUGUGUACCCUCUGCUGGGGGCGGCUCACUUCGGCUGGUGCAUGUUGGCCACCGAGACCGACGCCGUGAGCUACAAGAGUGCACUGGAGAACAUGGAGAAGAACAGACUCGCUGGACAGAUUGCCGUGUUGAAGGUGGAGGAGAAGACCAUCCUGAAGGGGGCACUGGACCACUCGGAGACGCUGGCCAAAGUCUCCAUGCUCAGGCCUCGGAGUGAUGGUGGUGGUGGGCGUUUCUCGCACUCCACCUCCCCUAAGAAAGCUCGCGGUCAUUCUUCGGAGGUGUCACGCUGGGAGAAGACGGAGGAGGCAGAGCAAGGGAAGAAGAGCGACAAAAAGAAGAAAGAUGAGGAGGAAGGAAAUAAGAAUGGAAAGGAAGACAAGGAACUAGAGGAAAAAAACCCUGAUUCAAGUGAACGAGACUACACAUUUGACUUCACCAUGUGCAACCCGCCUUUCUUCAGCUCCGAGGAAGAGGUCGACACCAUGGCCAAGAGCAAGAAGGGGCGAGGGGAGCCGUGCGCUGCCCCCACUGGGUCAAUCCAUGAGAAGGUGACGGAGGGCGGUGAGGUGGAGUUCAUUCGGCAGAUGGUGGAGGAAAGUCAACUCCUGAAGGACAGAGUGAGAAUCUUCACCACCCUCAUCGGCACCAAGGCUCACGUGAAGGAGGUGAAGAGGAUGGUGGAGGGGGCAAAACCUUCGUCGUCUGUCUUCACCGAGUUCUGUCAGGGCAGGACCAUGAGGUGGGGCGCGGCAUGGACCUUCGCAGCCGGUGUGAGUCUGGGUGAGGUCCGCAGCAAGAAGGAGAUGGCCACCAACAAGCCCAUCAUCCUGCUGCUCCCUCGCACCCUCAUGUCGGUCUACACAGUGCCGGCAGCGUGGUCCAAGGUGCAGGGUUGGCUCAAGACUCUCAAGGUAAAGGUGGAGGUGUUUAAGAGCAGCAAAUACUUCGUCAGCGCCAACAUCAAGGCUUUUAAACCCACGUGGCUGAACUUACGGAGGCGGCGACGGGAGAAACUGAGAGAGGAACAACAACAGCAACAACACAAACAGCCGCAGAAUGGUACGAGUGGCGAGGUUAGUGAAGGUGCGUCUCAGAAAAGGAGAACCGAGGGAAAGGCCGAGGGUGAGGAAGAACGAGAGAGCAAGAGGGUGAGGGUAGCAACAGAAGAGGAGGACGCAGAAGCAGAGACCGAGAGAGAAAAGAUGGAAGAAGAGGAAGACGAAGAAGAGGUGGAUGAGGAGGAGGGAGCAGAAGAGGAAGAAGAGGAGAACCACCAAGAAUCAACAUCAACAAAACAAACUGACGAGGAAAAGUCAAAGAAAACGGAUACUUCUUGGGGUGACUGCACGAAGCCGAGGAAAGGUGGGCUGAAGUGCAUCCUCAGGUGUAAUCUCCAGGUGAAGCAAACAGGUGGACUAAUCAGUGUGGAGGCGUAUUACUUAGGUGGAUCAUGUGGCAAGGAGGGACUUAACCAGAUGAUACAGUACAUGAGAAACCAGCUAAGUCAACCAUUUGCCUGAAGCCACCUUUCCAGAGCUAAUCACUUAUAAAUAAUCCAAACUGAAUGAGGUACAAAUGUAGAGUUUUGCAAUAGAUUUCCUAAUUACCAAGGCAGUAUCAUAUACUCUGUUUAAUGUCAGGUGUUCCCAUAAUCUGUAAUGAGGUUGGACAGUCAGUGAUCUGGAUGUUCGUUGGUGAGGUGUUGAUGUAUUUUCUAGAAGGAUGUGCUGUUGUUUAUUGUUUUCCUGUCUUAGUUUCCUUUGAAGAGUCUCAGUAGAGUGUAUUUUCUUAACCCGGUAGCUGCGGGGAUCAUGUUUCUUAUUGGUCCCUCCCUCUAAGCGAGAAGAAUGAGAAAAAAAUCAUCACUCGCGCAAACCAUUUCUUAAUAUAUAUCAAUGCAUUUGUGAUCAGUUUAUGCAUCAUCUAUUUUUGGGGGUUUAUAUCAUGGCAAAAAUGUGGCCCGCUGCUGGUACACGGUAAAGCCACAAAUUUGGCCCGUUGCUGGUACACGGUAAAGCCACAAAUUUGGCCCGUUGCUGGUACACGGUAAAGCCACAAAUUUGGCCCGUUGCUGGUACACGGUAAAGCCACAAAUUUGGCCCGUUGCUGGUACACAGUAAAGCCACAAAUUUGGCCCGUUGCCGGUACAUGGUAAAGCCACAAAUUUGGCCCGUUGCUGGUACACGGUAAAGCCACAAAUUUGGCCCCUCGCUGCUACCGGGUUAAUCCAUCAUGGAGAAUAUUACUUCCCUUCUGUGAAAUUAAUAACCUGUACAUUUGAAGAAAAGUCAAGUGUGUAACAUCUGUAGUGUGCAUUUGUGAUUUUCCACACCAUGUUCAUUUGUUAAUUAAUUGUUCCUUUGGCCGUGACCUUCCAUUAAAUGUUACAAACUUUGCAAACAUUCA